AUGGCUCGCUUCCUUCCCGUCUCGUCGACCCAGCAACUUAUGAGUGAGAUCAAUGCGAUUCACUCGGUCUCAAAAGCCAAACGCCGGAUAUUUCCGAUCUUGCAGAAGAUUCAGAAGUUUGCAGAAAACUUGGGACCUUACAUGAAGGUGGUCGAGCUUGCCAGCCAUUUUGUGACCUUUUUCGAGAAACUUGGCGGCAUCCUCGGGAGACUAGACGACAAGUUGUUGCGUUAUGGGCAGCUGCAUGACAAGUUUAAAGGAGUGCGAAAGGAUGCUUUGAGACUGACGAAUGCGAUGAGCUCCAUAUAUCUACUACUCUUCCAAUUCCUAGCAGCCGUUGCCAGAAUAUUUACCACCAAGGAAGGCAAACGGAAGAGAACGCCGGUUGUGGUCGGCACCCUGAUGUGGAAACCAUUUGAUCUUCAUUUCGAAGAAAUCCUGGAGGGGAUCGGAUUCCACCAGGAGACGAUAAAAGAAGAGAUGGACUUUUUGAUAAUGAAUCACAUCGAGGCCAAGCUAUCACGACAAGAAAAGGAAGCAGAGGCGGCAGGGCGGGGCGUCCGCCACUUCAUCCAGAAGACCUCUGUCGUUCAUACCGAACAAACCAGGAACACUUUCUUGGCCUCGGUUGUCCAAUGGCUAGCGCCUCCGGAUGACUUCAAGGAAAGACUGCAAAGAGCCCAAGAACUACGCAUGGAAGGCACAGCAGAGUGGCUCUUUGAUCAAGACAAAUUCGUUUCAUGGCGAGCGCUCAACUACUCAGCCACCCACGAUAGUGAUAUGUCCUCUCAAGGCGCUCCGUCGAUCCUGUGGGUGAACGCUGCAUCUACAAUGGACGAACUUUCCCGCCAAGAGAUGGCAGGCGACAGCGCUCUUACAGUCUGCUACUACUUCUUCAGCCAGAGCCUUGCACGGUGGAAUACUUCCUCCGACGCCUUGAGAGCCAUCGCCCUGCAGAUUCUGCACAAGUUUCAUAGCGAGGAGAUGAUCUACAACGCUUUUUCUUUCGCACUUGCAGACUACCCUGUACAGACAAGAGCUACGGAGCAGGAGUUGUACGAUCUCCUGACCUACUGCCUGCCCCAUCUGCCGACGUUAUUUUGUGUUCUCGACGGUCUCGAUGAGGCAUCUGAUGGUAAAGCACUAGUUCGCAGUCUCUGGAAGUUACGACAGCAGUUCCCAACAAGUUUGAAAGUGAUCUUCUUCAGCCGGCCCGAAGUACGAUAUCUGCAUCAUCUAUAUGUGCCUGAUGUCAAUAUAAAAUUUGACAGCGGUACAUCAUCUGCCGACAUUGGGCUUUACAUCCGAGGUCAGGUCGAGGAUAUGGUUCAGGCUAGGCUUUUGCCACUAUCAUGCAACGUUCGAGAGGUCGUCCGAAAUCUUGUAAAUCGCUCAGAGGGCAUGUUCCUGUGGGCGAGACUGAUGGUGACUUACCUGAACUCACCAGCACUUACAAGAAAGGAGCGUUUGGACACGAUGAUGGACUGUACGCCGGACGGGCUCGAAAGCAUGUAUAGACGGAUACACACCAGAAUCGUUAAGCAAGACAGCCCAAGCAAAGACUUAGCAAGUCGUGCUUUCAGUUGGGUCGCGUAUGGCAGCCCUGAGGUGGGCUACUCCGACAAAGCGCUCCAAGAAGCCCUUUAUGAUAAUGGAUGGGAUGGCUCGAGUACAGACUUCGACCAUGUUAUCUCCAGCUCGUGUUGUAGCUUGUUGGAGAAGGAUGCCAAUGCUCGCUAUCGAUUCAUCCACCUGUCGGCUCUCGAAUACGUGCAAGCUGCCACUGAAGAAAUCACGACCGACAGAGUCAGCCUCUCACCACUCAUCUUGAGCAAAGAAGUCGCUAUAUGUGGGAUCCUCCAACGCUAUCUCAGGUACCUGAUGAAGGAACUGCCGACCCAGCCACUGUCCGGAGGAAUAGGAGCAGACAUAGACCUAGGGCUUUUGAGACAACAGCAUCCACUUCUCAAGUAUGCUGCGCCAAACUGGCUACCAUUGACACUCUGGAUUUUCCAUGCCAAGAUGCAGAAUUCAGCCUUUCCACCUGACGAGAGCAUCAAGAUCGAGGAGACGGUCCAGCAGUACCUCGAGUCUCGUUUAUCAAUCAACGUGUGGAUUGAGGCGAUCUACAGAAUCAACGGCCGUGACGUAUCGACAUUCGUCUCGGACGCGAAAUCCUGGAUGUUGCGAGCGACCCGAGAAAGUCAUAGGCCGGUUGUGGCUGACCUUGAAGAAUUUGUCAACGACCUCCAUACUUUGGACACAUCUUGGGGGGAGAGCUUGUCAAGGAGUCCAUCUGCCAUAUGGGAUGAUGUCACUGAAUUCAACCCAAGCCGUUUCUGGGUGUCAACCACGGCUCUGUCGAAAGAGAGCUUGCUUCCCUCUCUCGGAGAUGCCGACCAUCAUGAGUACCUGCAGCACAACACCAAGCCGACCUUCUCGAUAUCCAUGAGCUCUAAUGAUGGGAGCCGAUUGUUAGUCUUGGGAAUAUAUCCUCCCAGGAACUUUUGUGAUGUCUGGAAUGGCCGAUCAUCACUCGCAAGCUCGACACGCAGAUCUAGCGCAAACCUUGCAUCCGAUACAGAUCAUUUCCAGCUCUUAUCAAUUGGGUGGGUUGCCCGUAUUGAAGUGUUUUCUCUGUCAAGCUCGAGUUCACAUAUCAUUACACAAGUGGAGAUCAAGCUCAAUCCACAGGAUAUACGAGUGUGCCUCGAAAAUACUCUCAGGGUUCGAGGACCAGGGUUCGAAAAGGAAUCGUCGACUCCGAAAAUGACAGGUGUAAUCACUGAGUACGAUGCCACGUGGUCAGGGUGCCCGAUCGAACAGUCUUCCUGGGACGCCUCGGAUGUCCUGAACAGUUUCAAAACGGCCCCAGUACCGCAGAUUCCGGACCGGCAGGCUGAUUUGACUGAUGCCGCCGGCUCGGUCGACUGGGCGUACCUCUCCCAGCGUGCGAGACCCGAGACAAGACUCAGGGAAAGAAACUCCGCGAAUAAUGGGGAUGCAAAAGUUCCAGACAGGGCCACUACCCACGGGGUUCAUCUCGUUGCUUGCCCCCCUGACAUGAUCGCUGCCAUUAAAUGGCCUACGGACACUUGCCCUACCGUCCGGGAACUGAACAUGCCGUUGUCAAUAAGUCCGACGCUGGAAACCUUCACCAUACUGAACAGAAUCUACCGUCUGCCUCAGGGGCGGUCCGGGUCUGCGGAACCAGAGCAGCUCGCAAUGGACUUCAGCUCUUGGGUCACGCCGGUCAAGAAGGGAUCUACGAGCAUUUCCAGGAGCUCUUACAGAAUUUACUGGAGUCCAGACGGAAUGUGGCUCGCUUUCGCUGGCGAGAAUGCCCGCUUCGUGGCUCAAAAGGCGGGUCUUGCUCAAGAUACAGUGGUGAACUUCUCUGGCAUCGCUAUCUUCUCAGCCAAGAAUAUUCACGAGCGGUCAUGUCUCGAGGUCUUAAAUGCAACUACCUACGUUCCGGUCGCAGGAUCUCUCUCGUUUCACCCCUCCCAGCCAUUACUGCUGGUGCCCAGCGGCCAGUAUAUAUGGAAGCUUCCAGACGGCCGCCCUGAGAAGUUUGACUUGGCCAACGGUGGUAACUUUGGUAAUUGCCACAAGGUCACAUUCUCUCACUGCGGUAGAUUUGUUGCCAUACAUCGCUCAGGGCGUGACUGGCCUCAGCUAGUCCCUGUCCCGGCUUACUACCUUGAAACAACACAAAGCUCGAAGGAGGUUGGGACGGACGUCCUGCCGAGUUCUCGUGAUGAUCACUGCGUGUCGGCUGCCAAGGACAGUUCUAACCUGUCUACAAGGCUAGUGAUUGAUCAGAUCGUGCCGGUGUUACGAUCAUCCGAAUCAACUUCUCUACAGAUGUCUGACGAUAUCAUGAUGACCCUGCACACCAAGGCAGGUACCGGGGGCUCACAGUUCGAGCUCGCCGCGCAAGACAGCAGGGACGACUCCGGACUCUUUAAGAUACCUCUACUUCAAGUACCAGACGACUUGCCUGUGACCAACAUGAGUAUAUCGAUGCACAAACCCGCCAGCGAAAGGUCAGAGGACAAGAUCUCGAUCGUAUUGAACUCCACUCACGAGGGGCAGUACAAGAGCAAUGAACCGACCUUGGCAAAUCAUUUGCCCUUGGUCAUUCGCAAAGACCAGAGAGCGCUUUAUCUUAAAGACAAGCAGGGAGGACUGGUAGGGUCUCGUGAUACCGUUGGGUUUGCGCGCCUCCAUGGAGCGCUGGAUGUUGACGACGACGCGACCACAGAGCCGGGCUCAAAGCGGCGGAAGACUGAGACACAACCUUCUAGAAGCUCAUGCUCGUGA